AUACACAAACGUAUGUAGAUUCCUUCAAUAGUCUUGAUAGCAAUCCAUCUGCACACAUGGGACUGUUGAAUGUUGAACUGGAAGUGCAAGUGGGGGCAAAGGGUAUACAGACACUCGCACAUAGCCCGCAACGGGCGAGAUAUACUACAGAUAACGUUAAUAUACUUAAAAGUGUUACUGAUAAAAAAUAUGCAGAAACUGAUCCUUCGCAUGCGGCGAAUAGUAACCGUAAGCGUGCAUAUGGCAGUGAUGCGUCAGAAGAGUGCGCAAGUGGGGUUGACCCAGCGUUUGAUGAAAACACUGUGAAGAAGCGCAAAGUGGAGUCUGAGAGUGACGGGGUUAGUGAGUUAGACAGUGUGCUUAAACAACGACAACAAGCACCAACACACAGUAAUGUACUGGUUACGUGUACGAAUGGAGAUAUAGAUAAUAGUUCAACUGCUGGUACUACAGACGAAGCAACCGUCACACGCCCAACAAGUAUAGCAGGACAGGCGGAGAGCUCUCAAGCGGAAGCCUCUGCGCCAGUUAGUGCAGUGACUCAAGAAGUACUUGGGGCAGCUGUGGGUGGUGAUGUAGAUGUACAUGCACACCCGCACACAGCAAAAACUAUACAGACACACACAAUAGAUACCGCACAAUCACUCUCAGCAAAUAUUACACAGACACACACAGCAAGUAAUGAACAAGCACACACAGCAAGUAAUGAACAAGCACACACAGCAAAUACAACAAAACCACAGUCACAACCACAACCACAACUUGACACGGAUAAGCAAUGCGACACACAGACGCACCCGCGCACGCCUCCACAGGAGGUUGUGCAUGCAUCCGACCACACGAAAGCAUUAACAGGCGCCGCAGGUGUUACGACCUGUGAGGGUACCCAAACACAUAGCUCUUCACAAAACCCCACUGAAGUAUACAACCAAUCCAACCACAGCAGCACAGAUCAGCAGAUUGGUGAUAGUACAUUAGUACCGAAUAUCCCAACACCCGCUUUAAGUGACUCGGGUGAUGUAGGGACCACACGCACGGAUGCACCUCAUGUGGGGUCUAGUACAGACGGCGUUGCCAUGACUGCGCAGGUACGAGUCGGUGAGCUUGACACCACUGAUGCAGCGCGGUUAGCAGGGGUAUCCGACAUUGGAGCAGUCACUUCGAGCACUCGCCACAGUACGCUCCAACCACUCAACUCCACACCAGAUGCGAAUGCGGGUGUGUGUACAGGCACACGCACGGACCUAGACACGCUGACGGCCACAGAGGCGGUGGCAGGUGGUGCUGAGAUGGGCGAUAUGAACGCCCAAGCAGAACAAACGCAAAUGGGACAUGGUAGUGUACCGGUGCAUGACGCUGACAGCACCACCACGCCGCUCAAUACAGCCACAUAUGCACGUAACUCUGAGAGCGCUGAUGUUGGUGGUAGUGUGCGUGGCCAAGCAACCACCGACGCAGAGAGUGUGGGCGAUAGGUGUGCGAGUGUGCGUAGUGGGGAGAGUAUAGUAAGUGGUGGUACGGCGAACGAUGGUAAUGGACAAUUAACAAGGAGUGGGAUGGUAGGUAGUAGUGCACCGGUAGACGAUACAAUACAAUCUCCAGGGUUAAGGGUGCAGGAGCAGGUGACUCUGACUGCGGCGGACAACGAACACGCACAAACACAAGUACAAACAAGCACAAACACACACACACACACGCACACGGACGGCGGUAGUAUAGGCACGAAUAUUAGUAACAGUGAGGCUCUCGCACCUCCUAGCGAACCAGGCGUGCAAGCGACUACCACAGGCAGUAGUAUGAUUGGUGGGCGCACGGAUGUUAGUACAGGUGUGCAAGGUCUCCCUGCUGCAGCUGCCACAGACAGCUCGGACGGGGGCGCUAGUGGACAAUUAACGAGGCCGGGUGUUGCUGCCGUUGUCGAUGUCAAUACGAGCAUUACAGCCGAGACAAAUAACACAGGCGGUGCGGAGGGUCCCAUAACGCACCCGGACAAGCCUCCCGGGAGAACAAGAGGACCGAACUUCGCCGGAAUUUUAGUACCGGCGGAAGCGGUAGAGAUGGCUCAGCUGCGUAAGAAAGACCGCGAGGAGAAGCCGCGUAAGAGUGUGAUGGUGGUAAAGUGGUUGAUGGAUAACUAUGAGAUGUGGGAUAACCACAGCAUACCCCGGCAGAGUGUGUACGACAAGUACGAGGAGUAUAGCAAGGUGCACGAUCUAGGGCCCUGUAACAACGCCACCUUUGGCAAGCUCAUCCGAUCGAUCUUUCCUAAUCUGAAGACCAGGCGCUUGGGCACCAGAGGGAAUUCUAAGUAUCAUUACUACGGUAUCAAAGAGAAGGACGCGUCAAGUGCUCCACAUCAACCACGCAAUGGGACACAUCCCGCCAGUCUCUACCCGGUAUAUCAUAUAAGGCAACAGGGACCAAUGACAAUGGCUACUUUAGAGGAGGCUCAAGAGUUUGUGCAUCAGCACACCGCACACUGCAUGCGUGUGUUGGAAAGAUUUGCGUCGUAUUCCUUCGAGGCUGUGGGGCACGAAUUGUCCAAUUUCUGGAGCAAUCUGACACCAACAAUUCUAAACGCCUACCUUACACACCCCGAGGCUAAGCGUGUAGUGGCUGCUAACGAUGCACUGGUGUUGCAGAAUACCAUCCUCACGUGGUUCCCUUCUCCGCUGAGCAUGACCCGUUCGCAGAAGCUUAAAAGCACGCGGCUGUUCGCCAAAGUAGCCAAGAACGUCCUCAUGGACCCCAUCGAGUGUCUGUGCAAGACGGAUGUCUACGCCCAACGCCUGGUCACAGCCGAGUACUUCUCGCGUAUGUUGUUACGGUUGACCUCUCUCACACAUCUGGCGCAGGCAGCGUUGAGUCUGUUGUACUCAGGUGAUCAGGUGGCGCAGAUGAUAGCGGAUUGGAAGAGGAUAGAUGUUUCAGGAGUGCUGUGGCAGGCCAAGGAGUACUGUGUGUGUAGCUUCCAGACCCUGCAGGAUCUGCGGGUGGGCUUCGAGAGUGUGCUUAACCAGCGGGGGUCACUACCCAUGUGGACUGCAUGGAUCGAGACCAUCUUAGCCACUCACAUCCACAAGCGCGUCUCGUCACACGCCCAGUCACACACCCACAGCCAGGCCCAGAGACACGCACAAGACACUUCCUCCGACCACGCAGACGCCACGCACGCGUACACACGCCUGCCCACACACGCCCACGCACACACACAUGGAGACGAGGCUGCCAAGGAAGAGCAAGUGAGUGCAAAGGUGUUCCUGGGACUGUUUGGACUGGUGGGGUCGAUGCUGAUCCGCAAUCUGACGGUUAAGAGUGCCAAGAGUUUCGGGAGCUUUCAUCUGCUGCGAUUGUUGCUGGAUGAGUACUUAACGUAUUUGGUCGAGAGAGAUGAAACGCUUCCCACGACUGUCUCACCGCUGGUAGCCUGGCCCGUUAACGGGUUGCACGCACAGGCACAACCGCAGCCGACGGGUGGGCAGGCAGGCCUACCCGCACACAUACAGAACACUACACAACAACAACAACAGCUGCAGCAGCAGCAAAGUGGUGUACACGCACGCACACACGGACAUGGAGGGGGGUAUCAAGCCCACGCACACGCACACAUGAGAGGGUAUGACGGAGGGCCCCUGGAUUAUCGGACUGGGCUUCCUCUGGGGACAAAAGGCAUGAAACGGGAAACGCCCGUUAAGCUGAUACCACGACCGAUGAUGUUCCCUACUCAGCACCCGCAUAUGAUAGGGGUACAGAACCAGUACAUACAGCCACAGCCGGUGGGGGGUGGGGGUAAGGAGGACGGGGGUAGGCGGGGACAGACAAUUAACGAGGAAUCGGAGAGUUCGGUACAAAGCGCGGCACACACGAGCAAGCAGCAGAGAGGGGAUCGGAUACAGGGGACGCAGAAGAAUGGCAAGCCAGGAGCUCUGCGUAAUACACACCGACCCAAACAGAACAAGCCUGUAGGUAAACAGCAGGAACAGACACAUACGACUAAGAAUAAGAAUGUCAAACAGCCGCAGACGGCUCCCACACAACCGCACACGCACGCACGCGCGUCGCAGAGCAACAACGUUAAGAGGCUGGUACACGAAGGACAAGACCAGCACACGCAACAAGAACAACAACAACACACACAGCAACUGCAACAGCAACAUCUACAAAAACCACGGCAUCGAGAAUUGGGGCAUGCGGAGGCCCACACACAGCAGCAGCCACACCAUGAAACAUAUGCACACGCACACACAGUACACACCCCUCAAUCGCAACAACAACACCGCAUAAACCGCACGUACUCGGCGUCAGACACGGCCAGUUGUGCAAACGACAACAACAACGGUCGGACGAAUGAUGGGGAGAGAGAGAGCACAGGGGACGAUGUUCGAGAGAAGAACGAAAUGUGUGAUAACGAUAACGGGCUGUACAGUCAAGGACAGAUGGGGCACCCGCCGGGGCAGUACUCGGAGGAGGAUAUGUACACAACGCACCCCAGUACACACACACAAACUCUCACACACCUUGAGCGUGGCUUACAUUUGCGCUCACAGGAUAGUCAUAGCUCGCAUACACACUUACAGCGCACACAGGAAUCGUCACCGGAGACAAAGGCGUUUGCGAACACGGACAUAAUUCCUAUAACCUUGACAACCCGUGGCAGUGAGAGUACAAGUAUGCAGGGAGGUUCGGAAGACACGCGCGAGCACCAGAACAAGCAUACGUACAGAGUGGGUAUGCACAUGUAUGAUGAUAUGGCACAUAACGGUAUAGCAUACGGUAGCGAGUCUGGUACACAUAUUCAGGGGCAGCAGACGUAUGGGAACGAGGCGACCGGUCACGGAGACAUGGAGAAUAGCCACAGAUACGCUGUCGACACUCAGCAUGUUGGGCAUGGCAUACACAGACGAAAGUCUAGCAGACACAUGCACCCGCAGAGUGUAGGCAUAUUCCCCCACACAGACAAUGUAUCGAAUGAACACAAUACACAACGUGCAGAGGCACACAGCAAUGAGAUGGGGUCAGACCCGUGGAGGGAUAUGCAACCCACGCACGAACAGCGGCGUGGUUGCGGUGAUUUUAACGCUGAAACAUUCCCGUUAAAAUCAGCCAAUGAAAUUGCAGAUAAUUACUUGGCUGCGAACGAUCACUUCCGUCGGGCUUCCACUGUAUCUUCAGGUACGAACGUUGUACCUCGCCUUAAUUAAGCAAAGUAGCAAAUUAUGAUAUGAAAGUCGAGAAUAAAGUUAAAACUAGAAUAUCACACAAAC